UGUCGCGUCAGUUCUCCCGGUUUUACUCCGCUUUGAGGGCACCGAGGACGUUCUCCCUGAGGACAAAUUGUGCUGUAAAUCGUUCCUUCAAGGUACCACAGCUGCCAUGAACGUCGCCCGCACCCUGACGACUGUUGCCCGACGGGCCCCUCAGUUGAAGACGACGGCGGUAGCCCCCGCUAGGAAGUACAGGACACUGGCCCAAAUCAAGGAGCUACAGAAGCAGUUUUGUGCUGACGACGGUGUGCCAGUCUACCUGAAGAGGGGCAAAGCCGACGAGCUCUUGUAUAAGUUCACUAUGGUAAUGGCCGUUGCCACUCUUGGGAUGUGUUUCUUUAACACAUAUCGCCUGAUUUACAGGAAUGCAAAGUGAGGCUGGGGAUGUACCUUGGCGUUCUUGAAGAGUGGUAAUAUUUAGGCCAAAUAAAAUUCUAUCCAUCCUAUACAAAGA